AAACAAACAGAAUUAAAUUAAGGCACCAGCGCACUCUCGAAUCUUCCAAGCACAUUACUAUGUUUUCUUUGAUUUUAUCGUUCAUUACUGAUAUUACCUGUCUUUUGUAGACCCCCUCCUUUCAAUUUUCGCUUCUCCUGUCAAGGAAUUCACUCCAUCACUGGAAGUUGUAAUUUGGUGUGGGUUUCAGACAAUGGCAAGUGGUUCCGGGGAGUCAACAUGCAUGCCAGCCCAAUGUCCGUCUUGCUUGUCCAACAAUGUUAAUGAAGCUGGUGAUUUUGAGUGCAAUAUCUGUUUUGAUUUAGCUCAAGACCCAAUUGUUACUCUUUGUGGCCACCUCUAUUGUUGGCCUUGCCUGUACAGAUGGCUACACCAUCACUCGCAUUCCCAUGAGUGCCCAGUUUGCAAGGCCAUCAUACAAGAGGAAAAAUUGGUUCCUCUUUAUGGUAGGGGUAAAUCCCCAACUGAUCCACGAACAAAAUCUUAUCCAGGCGUUGAUAUCCCUAGUCGUCCAUCUGGGCAAAGGCCUGAAACAGCUUCCCCACCAGAAGCCAGUAACUAUAUCAAUUAUGGUUUUGGAUUCAUGGGAGGAUUUGUACCCAUGGCAACGGCAAGGAUUGGCAACUUUUCCUUGGGAAUUGGCGGUUUAUUUCCUUCAUUGCUUAAUAUUCAAUUUCAAGGGUUCACUGAUCCUGCAGUUUAUGGGACUGCUGGUUUUCCCUAUGGAAUUAAUACGUUUCAAGGUGGCAAUGCUCAUGGAUUAGCCCAUGGUGGCCAUGAUCAUGAUUUUCCCCAGCCAAGUCUAAGGCAACGUGCUGACUAUGUUGUGAAAAAUCUUCUUUUGUUGAUUGGUCUCUUCAUGCUACUUGCUCUAAUUUGGUGGUAAAUAAAUCUGUUUUUUCAACUUAAACCAGUCUUGGCCUGUAUCUGUAAAUACUCUGUUUAUGUCUUCUUUAAUAAAGUAGACAAGCUCUUUGUUGACAGCUUGAGAAAAAUCUUGUUAACA